ACAGAUAACAACGAUAAGUUUUCAACGAUAUAGUACGCGCAGAUUAACCCGUUAAGUACCAGGUCGUUGCGUUCUAAAAACUGGUGUUCGUACUCUAUGCGUUCAUUCGAUAAUGAAAGCGAGAAAAAUGACCACUCGAUGAAAAGGUAUGUUUUUUUUUCAACGUUACAAAGUGUACUAUAAAUACGACAGUGGCACCUAAGAGUUGCUAAUAAUACUUGUGGCCACUUGUUCGACAUGCAGUGCGAAGCAACGGACCUCAGUACUGUAAGCUUCCACAAAUACAUUUGUUUUAGCGCGAAAUCGUGACGUCUAAGAUAAAAUCAAUCGCGAGAAGAUUGGGAUGCAUUGUAUUCGAUUUACCGUAUUUUGAAAUUAAUAUAAAAAUGUACAAUGUUUGAUUUAAAAUAUCCGCGUCUUGAAAAUAUAUUCGAUGCCGCGGUAAGCGGUAUAUUAAAAUAGCUUAAAAAUUAAGGUGCGUCUUAUAGUCCGUAAAAUACCUUUAAAUUUGUACCUUUAAAUUUGUAACGUUGGUAAAAAAACAUUUUUCUAAAUAUUUUUCGAUCGGUUACAAGCUAAUCGUGCAAUCUCCUCCGUUUUAACGAUCACGGAUUGGGUCGGAUGUGGCAGAUACAUUAAUCGAGAAUAAUUAUUCAACAAAAAUCUUCUUAUCUGCCGGAACUUAUGUUAUGGUUGCACUGAAAGCGGACGUGACCGUUUACACGUACCGUUGGUCACGUGCACGCGUUGCAGAACCAUAAAACCUUACGCUCGCCAUGGAGCAUUGAAUUUUCUGAAACACCAUACGGGACCCUUCGGUUUUAGGUCAGAUUUCACCGUUUCUUUGUCCUUUUUCUCUCCCCGGUUCUAGUACGUACGGGACAGAAAAUUAUACUAUCGAUCCUAUCGAAGUUACCCAAUGCUUAUCGAACAAAAGCGAUAUUUUAUUUAUUCGCAAAGGGGUCAAUAGUCACCGGAUAAAAAUACAAUCGGUGGACGUGACUUAUAUCGGGCACAGAUCCAAAACGGAGUCGUAACGCGACAAGAAAAAAAAAAAAAAAAAAAAAAGAAACAGUACUCGGUGUACGGCCGACAGGCCACGUGCUGCGCGAUAGCAAUGCGCUCUGCACAAGCUCCGGCCGCACCACCCCUCCCCGCCACGCCUUUCCCUUUGGAACGCUUAUUAGAUUCACCCCGAAAGCGUGAAGCUUCAGUGUUGCUUCAGUCCUCGUCGAAGUGAAGCGCAUGUCCCACUCGCGGCGUGUCUCGCGAUAAACACAAGAACUGUCAAAGCCACGACUAAACUACUAAUCGUUAAAUUCGUAUCAAUUGUUCUUCGUUGGUAGAAACGCUCGUACCUACCCGAUAAAUUUCAUUAAAAACGCUCGAUGUGAUCGUAGCUCGAAAUCGUCGAGAAAGAGCUCGUAAGAUUUUAUUGCCCGGCAUCCAGGACGAAUACAGUAAACGGCGUCGCACCGCGAAAAAUUUACGUCGUGGAAGCUCCUCUCGUGCCGAGUGUUUUCGAACAGCACCGGGGGUAGCGAAUUCGGCGAAACUUGGAACGAUACGUAUCUUCAGCAUCGGUGAUAUUCAACAUUUUACGCCGGUCUCCGUUAGCUUCUAGAAAGUUUCUCGUGCGAUCGAACGCGGUGCUAGCGAGGUCCUCGACCGACGUUAAAGCGCGAAACACGGGCAUUAUGUAAACUGCGUUUCGCGAGAGUAACUGUGAUACAAAACGAAAGACUGCCGGAGAAAGUGAACCAGUUUUUUUCGUGUCGAAGGCGAACCGUUCUAGUCAAAAUGCCGAAGCCAAAGAUUCCCAACCCCAUCACAAAGCUCUCCAAGUUCCUGAAACAAAGGACGAAGGUACUGUCUAUGAGCGAGGAGCUCAGGCGAGCUUUGUACGCCAACAGUGCCGUCUCCUUGGACAACGACGUGAUCGUGCCAGACUUGGUUGGCACUACAGAAAUCCUCAGCGACGAGCACAGAGAACAGCUGUGCCGGCACUUACCCGCUAGGGCGGAGGGCUACCUAUGGACCCUGGUCUUCAGCACCAGUCAGCACGGAUUCAGUCUCAACAGCAUGUACAGGAAGAUGGCCAAAAUAGAGAGUCCUAUUCUCCUGGUCAUCGAGGACACCGAAGGCAACGUGUUCGGAGCAUUGACAUCCUGCGCUUUGCACGUUAGCGACCACUUUUACGGAACCGGAGAGUCCCUCCUCUUCAGGUUUACGCCCAGGUUCCAAGCCUUCAACUGGACCGGCGAUAACUUGUACUUCAUCAAAGGCAACAAUGAGAGUCUUGCCAUAGGCGCUGGAGAUGGCAAAUUUGGACUAUGGUUGGACGGUGAUCUGUACCAAGGCAGAACGCAAUCUUGCAGCACGUACGGAAACGAGCCGCUGGCACCGCGCGAGGAUUUCGUAGUGAAAACACUGGAAUGUUGGGCGUUUAUAUAGGAUACGGCCUCCUCGUACACGUUGUCCAGGACUACUCCCUCGCCGCAGCCUAAUUUGACCUGAACUCGAUAGUCCCGUGAAGGUUUAUCGUACCCAGGAGAGAUCACAGGAAGACUACAAUUUCUAAGAGACAUUACCAGAGGAGAUUAAUUCGAUUAACGAGUUUACCUACCUACCGGCUGACUCGAUCCACUACUGAUACAUUCUAACGGACCGAGGAACAGGGAACUGUCAGUGUAUAGAGACGAAUGGAAGAGUUGUGAUUCUGUUCGAUAAACGAAUCCCCGAAAAGGAAGGGGAACGCUUGAAGAUGAAGAAAACAAUGGCGACGAUGUGAUGUUGCAACGUCAAGCCAGAACCUUGACCCACGGACUAUUAUAUAAUUAUCGAUUAUCGUUUAGCUGUCCUAUUUGUUUUUCUAUUUUAAGUUGGCGUAUUUAUUUUAUUUUUUUAUAUAUAUAUAUACACACACACACACGCAUAUAAACGCGUUUCCGUUGAAUGAGUCGUUUAGAAAUUUGAUUUAAAGAUUGCGUGUCGUUUCAAGAUUAUUAAAAGGAUCGACGACGACGAUCGUGUAUAAAGUGUAUUCGUUGGGCCCGAAGGUCGUCGUUUCGAACUAGUCGCGUGAAUCACGAUCGUCGACGAUCGGUGUGAUCGCAAACAAAACUGAGAGAAUGUGUAAGCGUGAAUGGAUCGGACGAGCUUGAUAGAACGACGAUGAAAGAGAGAUGUGAUAAGUAUGCGGUAAUUAGGAAAUUAUGUUCAGAAUCGGGAUGAUGAUGAUAACUACGAAGAUGAUAGAAAAAUAAAACACGACACCAUGAGAAAUGUUUAAGCUAACCGUUUGUUGAUGUGUAGAUAAUUGUAGAUAGUCAAUGUAAAUAUAUGUAUUACCAAUCGUGUUAACGGUACAGUUAACUUUACAGGAGCAGCAUAUUUCGAAGAAAAAAACAUAAAACGUUGCUAAAAUACCACCUGUGUAGCUCGUCUCACGUAUAUCCUAAAAGGACACACGCCGGCUACAUAUACACCGUGUACACAAUUAUACAGAUACAAGCAAAACACUGAAUGAUACUCUGGAAGCGUGAUCGCAGAGCCUGAUGUAAACGAUCCAAGAUCUGAGAACAAGUAAGCUUUAGACAAAAAAUAGAGUUCGUACUGAUCUUUUACGCUGUUACGUGAACAAAGAGCAGACCGUGUAAGAAUUUGCGAUUAAACUGUCAGCGAUGGCUGAUAUUCUUUGAUAAACGGUAACAAACGUGCUUCUCGAGUCUCGAGUGACCACAACGAACACACACGCCUGUGCCUCGCUUCGCUCUCUUUCUCUCCCUACGCUAGAACACGGUACAAUCCCAGCUGUAGAAGUUUUAUGUGUAAUCAGAGCCGAGUGAAAGCACAGCCACUUCUCUUUUUUUGUAGAUGAAUGAACCCUCUAUGGGAUUUGUGCUCGAUGUAUUCUUAUAUUUUGUUUCAGUAUUAAUUAAUUGAUGGACGGAUAAAUAAGGAAGAAAUCAUUUCUCGCGUAAAGAGAAAAAGCAAUUCCUUUCUGUUUUCUAUAUCGUGCAAUGAUACAUUUCACUCGGUUCUGACUACCGCGAUAAAACGACUAAUUCACACACGACCACGAGACUGUUCACGAGCUUAUAGUCUCUAUAUUGUAUUAGGAUCAAUUGAUUGUGUCACCCACCGUUUCUACCGCUUUGUAAACACAAAUUUCCGUUGUUGAACGUAAAGGGAGUAGCCUAGCGUCGAGGGAUUGUACACUUGUUUAGUAGAACGAUCGCUACCUAGGAAAAGAAGUUUUGAUAAUCGAUUUUAUAAAUUGAUUUUUCCCUUGAGAACGAUUUUCUAAUGGCUCCACAACGAGAUGUUACGUCGAGAAGAAAAAAAAAACGAAAGAUGAACGCCCUUUUAUACCGUAGCAAAUAUACCGUUGACAUUCCUUCCAUUUUACUAGGAACAGUUUCUAACUUGUGUCGUUUCUACGAUUUUCGAUCUUCGGUAUUUCUAGAGCUGCUUUUUUUUUUAAAUUUGUGACGUUAAUCAAAAAUUUGUGCGUUCACGAAAUCGAUAUUAACUGGGGUAACGUUUGAAAAAAAAAAAGCAGCGCAAUAAUACGGGCGACGGUUUGAAGAAUUACUAAGACUGUGAAAUCGACCGAGAGAAUCGUAGAUUUUAACGAGACAAGUGUAUCCGGUGCACUGGUUACGAAACGCACUCACAAAAAAUAAAAAUACGAAAAAGAAACAUUGUCGGAUAGUAGCAAAAUUCCAUGGAGCACGGUUUCAAACAGAAAAAGAAAAAGAGUGAAGGAAAGCACAAAAUGUAUUUAAACGUAGCUUACUACCGGCUUGUUUAGAUUAGUUUCGAGUACGUUCAUACACCGAAUGCGGCGCGUAUCGAUCGUAGCGUUGUCUCUGGCUUUAAAUUAGGCGUUUAGGCGUACUCUUGUGAUACUAACGUGGUAAAGAAACUUCUAACAAACGUAUCGAGUCGCUUCUAACACGUGUCACUCGGUAACGGUGCUUAUCCUUUCGCGGUAGAACGGUUCAACACAAACUGAGUCGUGGAAUCUCGAUUGAAAAAGACAAGACAAUACAAAUUCGAAUAAAAAAGGGAUAGAAAAGCGAAGUGCUUGACCGUGGCGAUUUUAUUUUCUUUUCCGUUUUUGAGAAAUGGAUUCGCAAUCCUCGCCUUCGUGCUGAUGAUCACGGUAUAAAUGUAUAUUAUAACGAAAUAAAAAAAAAAAAAUUAUGUGUGUCUGAUAAAACACUUUUUCGUUUGGUUUUUUGUUUUUGUUUAUGUUCUCUUUUGUGUUUACCGCGAUUAUCUUCCAAAGUUUUAGAAAUGCGAUCUCUUUACGUCUGUGAGCGCUGUAUCACGAAUUCUACGAACUCGUUGUCGAUGGAAAUAUCGAGAGAGGUUUUCUUUUAACUGUAAAUAUCGUGACAAUGUAUAGUGUCGUCGUACUCUCGUCAACUGGCUGGAACGGUUCUUUUUCUUCUUCUGAAUGAAGCGUAUUCCAUACCAAAACGUAGGAACAUUUCCAGCACACUAGGUGUCAUCUAAUCUAAAAUAUAUGCAACUGCCUCCACAAAGAAAUUGUAGACGUAUAUUAAGCGUGUCAUACGAAAUCGGUAAGAGAUUUUAAUCGUAACUAACGACGAUACAUUUUCCUGUACGAUCAAUUGCGACAUAUUAUGCGCGAGCUCGAACGCUGCACGUUACCUGACGAUCUUCGACGCUCCGAUUUGCAAUGGCAAGACCGUUGUACGAAUGAAUUUGUCUUGCCAAGCGUUUCGCGAGACGCUGCAAAGGUUUUGAGCAGCCAAGAUCGAUGACACUUUCCAAUGUACGUAUCGAACUAUGCGAAGAUGAUUCUCCAAACUGUUGAAGGAUGGUAACCUUUUGCUGUCAGACUUCCUUAUCGGUUAAUCGAAGCAAUACUUUUGUUUUACGUUAUUUCGUCUAACCAUAUCUUUCCGAUAACAUAUCUAAUCUUCGAGCAUUUAAAGUCAUUAAAAACUAGAAAUUUCUGUUCACCGGUAACAGUUCGUAUAGAUCAAGUGUAUUUCGUUGUAAAUACACAAUACAGAUACUACAGUGGUAUCGAUGAACCUGACAGUCAAGGGAUUCGAAUCGUCGAUGACCCAUUUCUAACAGAGAAUCAAUUGCUCCUCGAUUGUGAAAAAGGAAAAUUGUAGUACGCUCAUCUAUCUUGGACAAGUUGGAAUUAGUUAUCCGUUAAACAUAGAAACAAUCAAUAUAAGCGUAUAGCUUUCAGCGUUCGUGUACGAAAUGUAGUAGGAGUUAGAGGAAGUAAGAAUCUCUGCUAAAAGCAAAGUAAGCUCACGCGAAAAAAAAUUAAUGUAAUCGCAAAGUAUAUGUAUAUUCAUAGUUACUUAGUGGACGUUAACGUACUAACACAAAAAAAAAAAAAUGAAAAAAAAAACAAUGAA